AUAAGCUAGAACAACUUAAUAAUGUUCCAAAUAAUAAUUUACGGAUUCGCAUUGUUUUGUUUGACCUCAGUGACCACGUUAGAUACUGAUAGUGAUGUAGAGGUUCGUUUACUCGAUAAUCAAAAUGCUCCAUUAAUGGCUACAUUCGACAUGUCAAAAGCAAACGAUCGUUUAAAACAAUUUGUAAGUGAUGCUAUUGAAACGAAAAUGAUAGAUAUAGAAAACAAAUUAAAACAGUUUGUAAGUGAUGCUAUUGAAACGAAAAUGACAGAUAUAGAAAAAAAAUUAAAGCAGCAAACGGACAAUAUUGAAAGAAACUUGACUUUCCAUUUUACCAAGUACUUACAUGGAACAGCUGAUAAGAUGAAUAAAGAAAAAGGUAUUGGAAUUCGACCAAGAGACUGCGGAGAAAUAAAUCUCAACAAAGGAAAUGGGAUUUACACAAUUUUUCCGAAUUCAUUCAAAAGCAGCGGUUAUACAGUCUUUUGUGAUUUUGAAACGGACAAUGGAAAUUGGACGGUAUUUCAGAGGAGAAUAAACGGUUCGACAGACUUUUUCAGAGGAUGGGAAGAAUAUGAAAAUGGAUUUGGGAAUGUAGAGGCGGAAUUUUGGCUGGGUAAUAAGAAAAUCAAUGAAUUAACGUCCAACGGACUAUAUGAACUAAGGGUAGAUCUUACUGAUUUUAAAGGAAACGGCGGAUAUGCUAAAUAUUCGAAAUUCUCUGUCGGUAAUGCUUCUACCCAAUACAAACUUGAAGUUGGUGGAUAUAGCGGGAAUCUCGGAAACGUUUAUGGUUUACAGCAUAAUAUUGGGGGGAAAUUUUCUACAAAGGACAGAGAUAACGAUCUUUUUCCACAACGUGACUGUGCAAAUGGCUACACUGGAGCCUGGUGGUAUAAAACGUGUACCUAUGUCAAUCUUAACGGACAGUAUAUCCAAGGUGGACAACUUACCUUAAAGGGUAUUACUUGGUACGCAUGGAAGUCAUCGUGGUAUUCAAUGAAAUCAUCUGUAAUGAUGCUUAGAAAAGUGUAUCCACCAGGAUAAAUAUAAAAUGUUGUAUUUCGAUAUUUUUUGUAUUUUAAAAGCUUUGAAUAUUUUUAUUAUAAUUCGUUAAUUUCAUUCUUUUGCAUUGUUCAAUUUAGUUCUGUUUAUAUAAUUAGUGGUUUUGAUUUGUUUUUCCCAAUUAUGCAUGGCAUAUUUUUCACUAGUCUUGAGAAGGAACAAUAAUUAAUACAUCUAUAUCUUGAAUGGACUUUUUUCAAAUAUCAAUGAAUUUGAGGUAACCUCCUUAAUUGUAUAAUACAUUCAUAUAUGAACUGGUCAUGGUAAGAUAAAAUGUUGCAAAACUUAAUGUAUAUACAUUUGUGAAUGCAUUGUCCGGGGUACCUACCGAUAAGUGUAUAAAGUCUGCCAGACUUUCAUU